UUCUGGGGAGGGUUGGGAUCCCUUAAAAGGAGCUCUUUGCCUAGAGCCAUAUCUGUCUCCCCCAGAACUGACCCCUCAGAAGGGCCACCUCCUGAGAUCCACAGAGAACGCAUCCCCAGACAGUGAGCGCAGCUUGGGAGGCACCAGCCCUUCAAAAAAAUGUUUAAACGCAUCUCCUGCUCAUUGUACCGAGGUGUGAUUUCCUGCCGGUCUUUUUAUCUAACCAGCAGACACAGAGGCCACACUCGUGGAGGCCAGGACAGUCUUGGCCGAAGAAAACUCACUAGGCAGAGACGGAAUGCAAAGAUGGCCUUACACCCACAGGCCGGAAGGCCUCAUGGCCAUCACAGAGAUGGAAGUGAGGCACAAGCUGAAGCCACAGCCCAGGCUAUGGGGAGGCUUCCUUCCCCAAGCAGGGUGGGUGCAGCUGUUUGUCCCAUUCAAGGGCUGGGACAUCGGGCUGCUCGAAGACCCCGAAGGGGUAUAGGGACUACACCUGCCUCAAGGGUUCCUCGCCCUGGUGCACUUAUGCCUGCAACACGCAGCCGUCCAAGAUUCAUCCACUGCCGGGGUCAGCCCCCUCGGACCCAUGUCAGCUCCAAGAGACCCAAACGGUCCAGGAUCCAUCAGUGCCACACUGAGGUGCCAGGCUGGACCCAUGAGAAACGGAUGGGGAGCAGCGUCGAGGAAGGGCUCCGGCCUGAGCUAAGUCAGCUGGACCAAGAUGCAGAGGACCUGGAGGAAGAAGAAGCUGCCAGACUCCCAGUGACCUCCCUGGACGGGCUCCUGAUGGAAGGAGACAAGCAGCUCAAUCCUACUCAGGGCCCUUUCUUCUACAUCGGAGGCACCAAUGGAGCAUCAAUAAUCAGCAACUACUGUGAGAGCAAGGGCUGGCAGCGCACUCAGGAUAGCCGGUGUGAGGACUACAAGCUAAAGUGGUGUGAGAUCAAGUGCAGGGACAACUACUGCAGCUUCCGGGAAGGCCAGCAGUUGCUGUUCCAGCUCCCCAACAACAAGCUGCUUACUACCAAGAUCGGGUUGCUCAGUGCUCUGCGAGAGCAUGCACGCACUUUGAGCAAAGCCAGGCUGCUUCCCAGUACCCAAGCCAAGGUCCUGAAAAUGGAAGAGUUUUUUCCAGAGACCUAUCGACUGGACAUCAGGGAUGAGAGGCAGGCUUUCUUCACUCUAUUUGAUGAAACCCAGAUGUGGAUUUGCAAGCCUACAGCCUCCAACCAGGGAAAGGGCAUCUUUCUGAUCAGGAGCCAGGAGGAGGCUGCUGCCCUGCAGGCCAAGACCCAGAGCAUUGAGGAUGACCCCAUCUACCGCAAGAUGCCCUUCCGUGCACCACAGGCGCGAGUGGUGCAGAGAUAUGUCCAGAACCCACUGCUGCUAGAUGGAAAGAAGUUCGAUGUGCGCUCCUAUAUGCUCAUCGCCUGCGCCAUGCCCUACAUGGUUUUUUUUGGUCAUGGUUAUGCCCGCCUCACCAUCAGCCUGUACAACCCUAAUUCCAGCGACCUCAGUGGUCAUUUGACCAAUCAAUUCAUGCAGAAGAAGAGCCCCCUGUACAUGCUGCUGAAAGAGAGCACUGUGUGGAGCAUGGAGCACCUCAACCGAUACAUCAAUGAAAAAUUUAGGAAGACCAAGGGCCUCCCCAGAGAUUGGGUCUUCACCACCUUCACGAAGCGGAUGCAGCAGAUCAUGUCCCACUGCUUCCUGGCUGUCAAGUCCAAGCUGGAGUGCAAGCUGGGCUACUUUGACCUCAUUGGCUGUGAUUUCCUGAUUGAUGAAAACUUCAAGGUGUGGCUGCUGGAGAUGAACUCCAACCCUGCCCUACAUACCAAUUGUGAAGUCCUGAAGGAGGUGAUCCCUGGAGUGGUUAUGGAGACCUUGGACCUGGCACUUGAGACUUGCCAAAAGAGCUUGCACAGUCAGAAGAUGCUGCCUCUGAUGUCACAGCGUCGCUUUGUGCUCCUCUACAAUGGCGAGACUACAGACUUGUGGCCGCGCUUGGGGAGCUCGCGCCCACCUAUCCGCUUGCCCUACCCUAACCCUAACCCUAACUCUCCCCGGCCCACCUGUGAUGUCGCAUCCUCUGCGCUUUCCUCAGUACGUGCCACUAUCACAGAACGGCCUGCUGCACGCAAGUUGAUGCCUUCCAGGGGAGCUCCCAUAUAUGCCCCCCGCAAAUCGCGGCUGUCUGACUCGAGUGGUAGUUCCAUAGAGGAGUCUGAGCCCUCUCUAUGUUCUGGGCCCCCGGAAGGCAGCAGGGACGCAGCCGGGGAACCCUCCCUGGAGCCGCCCGAAGAAGAGCGCGAGGAGGAACAGAGGGGUACGAGCCAUCGAGGCUCCUAGCAGCCACAAGCAUCCAGCGGCCCUGCGCCUUGCCGUGCCCUCUCCGGGACCUAUAAAAGCUACUUUGUGACAAACGCGACCUCCAGAAGCCGGUCCCAUCUGGGCGCCCCAAGCCCUUCUGUCCCCAUCUCUCUAUUUGCUCCUUGGUUGUCCUUAGAAGAAGAAGAGGGAAGCAUGCAGAAUGGGAAUGGGUCCUUCAAGAAGGGAAAAACCCCACUGGUCUCUUUUUCCUUCUCUGGGGCAGUCCACCAAAUCCUGGGUCUCAAUUUGUGGCUCUCUGUUACUCACUCUGUAGGAUCCUCCUGAAACUCCAUGGCCUUCAUGACCUCUGCAACCUGGCACUGGGACCCAUCCACUGUUCCGUGUAGUCCCUGGGAAAGGUCUUGGAUGUCCAUGGAACUCUCUGGAAGUCCCACCUUACCCCAUUACUAUUCUGUGCAGAACUGGGGUUCAUCCUUAAUUCUGCCCAACACCUUUCUUCUGGCCUUUCAGACACUGUGGAAUACUGUCUACAGCCAAAGCCCCCAUUUCCCUAUAAAGGUCCCGGACGGAGUCUGUCAGGCAUUAGAGGCACAAAGGAGUUGGCUGUGACAGGGCAGUUCCCAGGAAUGACUCAAACUGGUAUUAGUGAUUAGUACAUUUGCUAAUGUUUGCACUCCAGGUUAGCAUGGGGGUUUGAAAGGAGAACACUGACCAUCUCAAACCUCUGAAGUGUCCACAUCUUACACCAAAGCAGCCAGGACAAGCCUGCAAGUCCCUCCAGCUAAACCCUGUCCUUCCAAGUUAUUAUCCCACCCUACAAAACUCCAAAGAGGACCUCCCACAGAUUUCCAGAAGGUCCUUCCCAGAUUGAAUCCUCUCUUGCAUAUCCAAGGUGGUAGAUUCUUCUUCCUUGCCCUCCCUUCUGACCUUUUUAGUUAAUCCUAAACAUCAAAACCUAGCUCUACCAUGUGUGGGAAGAAUGCCAGACUAGUCCCUGUUCUUUAUUGAAGCAAAAUCCCUCAGUGGGUAAAGAAAUCAUCUUAGCACAGUAGUCUCAGCUGUGGCACGGUUUCUAGGCUUCAAUGGCCUGGCCACCACUAGAGGGCUCUGUGUCUAAAGCAGCUGCUCUGGCAGAGGAACCCUUUAACAGGAAAACAAAAGGAACCAAGGUUCCAAGAGGCAAAGUGUGGCUCUCAGGUCCAAGAGCAAAUGAUCCUGGAGACCCUACUUUAGUUUGUGAACAUCCCACAUCUCUCCACAACUCUUCUCCAUUCAGACUGCCUGUUUCACACCAGGUGUUUCAGGCUACUCUUUCAAGUUCAGUCUUCCUGUUGUGGCCUAGAGCAUGAGGUGCAAGGUGCAGUGUAAGCAGUCUUGUCCUUAUGUGACCAAGUUUAGUAUAGCAGAUUGUGGUUCCUCUUGGAAAGAGCCUGCCCCAGGCCUGUGGAUCUCUGAGUAUCUGUUCUGAAGUCCAUUGAAGCUAGGAAAAUGAAGACGAGUCUCCCAGGGCCUAAGUGCCGUGGCCUGUUAUUGAGGUCAGGGCAACAUUUCUGCUGGCUUCCAUAGUGCUACAUAGCCAUGUCCCUUGGGGAUACCUGUCACUGGAUUCUCAACUGUGCCACCUCCAAGUUCUAUGUUUUCCAUAGCCUCACAGUUCCUUGACCAAGUAAAAGCUGUGUCCCUUGAUCAGGCAUCACCAGUGUCAUAAACAUUUCUGGUCUCAGCAGCCACAUGUAGCUAAAGCUCCGUCCCCUCUGGGUCAGGGUUAAGAUGUCAGCAGAGGUGACAAAGCUCUCAGGAAGGGGGUACUUCCACUGCUGUGGGGACAUGGAGCCUCUUGUAGGACCCUGAUGUGUGAAAUGCCUGUUGGCAGUAAUCUAUCUGGUUCAAGCAGGGCCUCUGCCAACCAUGGGCUGUCUAAGGGCUUAGGCUACCUGCUAUCCUUCAUUCCUGGCAGCUGCAGAGCUUGUCAAUGAAUAAACAUUUCAGAUCUGCUGCUGCUCAUCACCCCACAGGAGUAAUGGCCCCAUUUACUCUCUUCCAGGUCCUCAAGCCCUUAUAGCCUACAUGUAAGUCUCCCAGAGCCCUGAGUUUAGGACCUCAGAGCUCCUAGGAGAAGCUGUAGGGCAUCUGAGCAUCUAGCCACCUGGCAGAUUCAAGGUAUUCCUACAUUAGGAAUAUGACAGAUGACAGGAGCAGGGCUUAGGGAGCUGAUGAUUGUGUCAAGACUGGUCUGGCCUUACAUUCAUUGCUACUGGGGUUGGUGACCCAAGGAGAUUGGGGUCCUGACACUGUCACUCUUCUUGCCUCUCACUCUUCUCUCUCCUUCCCUCCUCUCCUUGGAGGGAAUCCUGUGACUACUAUUAGUAGUCAAAAAAGUUUCCUCUACCAUCAGAAGAUAUAGGGAACUGACUGUUCACAUCCCUGACCCAAGCAUCUAUCUCCUGAUGUGUCUGCAACCAGCAUAGACCUUUGCCCCACCACACACACACACUUGAGCCUUCCUCAGUGAGGGUCUGGCAUUUUCUGAAAACUUUAACUUCAGCCAAACAAUAGUGGGACAUCUUACAUACCUACCCACUCCAGUUUCUCCAUCUAAGGAGCCAGAAUAGUGCCUGGUCUUCAGAAAAGCAUCUCAAUUCAUGGAGCUUCUAGGAAAGAGCUGUGUGAUGGUUUGUAUAUGUUGGGCCCAGGAAGUGGCACUAUUAGGUGUGGCCCUGUUGGGAUAAGUGUGGCCAUAUUGGUCACUGUGAGUGUAGGUUUUAAGAUCCUCAUCCUAGCUGCUUGGAAGUCAAUAUUCUGCUAGCAACCUUCAGGUGAAGAUAUAGAACUCUCAACUCCUCCUACACCAUGCCUGCCUGGAUGCUGCCAUGUUUUCUCCUUGAUAAUAAUGGACUAAACCUCUGAAGCUAGCUCCAAUUAAAUGUUGUCCUUGGUCAUGCAU